AGUUAAACAUCAGCAGUCAUGUUUGUCUGAGGAAGUGGACACUGAUGAAAUUGAAUAUGACGACGACGAUGAUGAGGAUGAAGAGUGGGACUGGGAUGAUUCAGUUGGAAGACUCACCAAGCAUCAUACUGCAGCUGGAGGCUGCAACCCACAGGCAAAUAGACAGACCCCUAGUUGCAAUUCAGCAAAAAUGUCCACUCCUACAGACAAGGCCCUAAGAAAAUUUGAGCAUAAAAUUAAUCUAGAUAGGUUAAAUCUUGCUGACUCUGUUAUAAACAAAGUCACAGAAAAGUCUAGGCAAAAGGAAGCAGAUAUGUAUCGAGUCAAAGAUAAAUCUGACAGAGCAACAGUGGAACAGGUAUUGGAUCCAAGAACACGAAUGAUCCUGUUCAAGAUGCUAACUAGAGGUGUCAUAUCAGAGAUAAAUGGCUGCAUCAGCACAGGAAAAGAAGCUAAUGUCUAUCAUGCUAGUACAGUGAAUGGAGAGAACAGAGCAAUAAAGAUUUAUAAAACCUCUAUUUUGAUGUUUAAAGAUCGGGAUAAGUAUGUGAGUGGGGAAUUUAGAUUUCGUCAUGGAUAUUGUAAAGGAAACCCGCGGAAAAUGGUGAAGACAUGGGCAGAAAAAGAGAUGAGGAAUUUAAUAAGGUUGAAUACAGCACAAAUACCUUGCCCAGAGCCAAUUAUGCUAAGAAGUCAUGUACUUGUCAUGAGUUUUAUUGGUAAAGAUGACAUGCCUGCUCCUCUAUUGAAAAAUGCUCAGUUAUCUGACUCAAAAGCCCGGGAGUUGUAUCUACAGAUCAUACAGUACAUGAGAAGAAUGUAUCAGGACGCCAAACUUGUUCAUGCAGAUCUCAGCGAAUUUAAUAUGCUAUACCACAGUGGAGAGGUGUACAUCAUUGAUGUGUCUCAGUCGGUGGAGCAUGACCACCCACAUGCAUUAGAAUUCCUGCGGAAGGACUGUGCCAAUAUCAAUGACUUUUUCUGGAAGUAUGGUGUUGCGGUGAUGACUGUCAGAGAGCUCUUUGAGUUUAUUACAGAUCCUUCUAUCACAAGCGACAACUUGGAUGCUUAUCUCUCAAAGGCGAUGGAAAUAGCAACCCAAAGAACAGAGGAAGAAAGGUCCAGUCAAGAUAACGUGGAUGAGGAGGUGUUUAAGAAAGCUUACAUCCCUCGAACCCUGACCGAAGUUAAAAACUACGAGAGGGAUGUAGAUGUCAUGAUGAAAUUGAAGGAAGAGGACAUGGCAUUAAACGUGCAGCAGGAUAAUAUUCUCUACCAGACGGUGACAGGAUUGAAGAAGGACUUGUCAGGUGUUCAGAAGGUCCCCGCACUCCUUGAAAAAAAAGAAGACGACAUAGAAUCAGAUUCAGAAGAUGGGGGCAGUUCUGAUAACUCUGACUCAGGCUGUAAAGAACAGGGAGAGCCACUGCAUCCCAAAGAUCAACCUACUGACGCUGGCAUGGACAAAAAGGAAAAGAAAAAGAUGGUUAAAGAAGCCCAAAGAGAGAAGAGAAAAAACAAAAUCCCAAAGCAUGUGAAGAAGCGAAAAGAGAAGACAGCAAAAAUGAAGAAAGGCAAAUAACAUGGCUUUGAUCUUGGGGGCAGGGUUAGCUAUUGUUGACUAUUGGUCUCCAUCAGUUAUUUUCGCUACAAAAUAUUCUAUUUAUGUAAAUAUAGAUUUCACCGUGAUGGUGGAUUGUUAACAAUCUUGAGAUUGGCUGGACGCAGCGUAUACCAUGGAUUUUUUCGAUGGAGAAGAUUGACUUGUGUAAAAAUGUGCAAAGCCUUUAGCCCUCAAUGUGGGUGGCUGUUCUCCUGCUUCUCGGACUGCCAAGAAGAAGGAGCUUUUUAUGAUUCUAGCCCAACACAGAAAAAAGAGAAGCACAUACUUGUUUCUCUCUUUAAAAAACAAAGGAAAACCCCAAUAGCAGCAUGGAUGUCUAGUUAUACUUUAUCAUGGGCAUUAGUACCAUGGUCAGUGUUUUCACAUGGAGGGAAAAUACAGAUGCACAAAUCCUUAUCUAGGCGCACAUAUAAGCACCUGUGGCAAAACUGCCAACAGCUACAAUGGAAGUAGGACUGAACCAUAAGUGAUUUUUUUUUUUUUUCAGAGGUGCUAAAUUCCCUAAAUUGACUACAGUUCCCACUGGAGUCAAUGGGAGCUGUGAGUGAUCAGCACCUCCGAAAAUCAGGCCGCUUAUUUAGGUGCCUAAAUAUGGGUUUAGGUGCCUGACUUUAGGUACCCAAGUUUUGAAAAUGUUGGUGUAGCUAUUUAAAUGCUUCACCUUAAAACUCUUCCCCCAUCUAAGAUGCUUCUCAUACUGUUGAUGUCAAUUGGCUGCAAGCUGCUGAGGUGAUAAUUGUUGUUAAGCUUCUAAUAAUUCUUCUGUGUUCUGUUCCAUACCUGUUGUUUCUGGGUCUCAAUGCUCAUUGGGUGUUUCAGUGGUAAAAUUUAACAUGCAGAUGUUUCCAUUUUGAAUGAGAACAUCUGUACCGAGGUCGUCACAUAAGACUGCAGCUUCAAAUCAAUAUGGCUUUGGAUCUGCUUAUGCAAGCAGAACUUGGUUAUAUUUGUUGUCUGGAAUAUAUUUCAAAAUACAAGCAUAAUGUUUUGUGACUGGCAUACUUCUAAAAAUGGGUUUUAUUCAGAUUCUAGCAAACAGUAUAAAUCUAAAAAGCUUCAGUAUGAUGCUUAUUUAAUUAUAAGCUGCUUUUGUUCUCCCCAAUGGCUAAAGGAAUAGCACAGAUAUAAGUGGUUGGUUGUAACAAGGGUGCUAUGGAAUGUUUUUAAUCAGUACAUAAUGCUAACAAUUCAAAUGAACAAGCAGCCAUAUUUCAUUUCACUAUGUAUGAAUAAGAUCAUGAUCAUCACAUUGGUUUGACAUUUGAUCAAGUCUUAAAACUGGUAUUAUUUUUUCAUCCAGAGCUUGAUCUGCAAGGUGCCGAGUGCCCUCUGCUCCUACUCCCAUUAGAAAACGUAGGCCCUUGCUUCUCUGAGUCAAAGUGACACUAGUGAUUUUGGGUACUUAACUUGAGAACACUGUAAAGGAGCCUGGUUUUUAGAAAUUGUGGAGCACCCGUCCUCUGAAAAUCAGACCCCUCUAAGGCACCUCACAUGGGACACUCAAAAUCACUAGUCACUUCUGAAAAGGUAGGUCAAAAUGCAUAGUAGUAUGCAAGAGGAUUAAACAUGCAGAAUAUGAAUAUCCACAGUUACACUGGCUAGGGUAAAAAUGAAGGGAUGAUUUACCCCCAUGCUUCAGGACAUAAGCCAACCACUGGAUUUAAGAAACUUUCCCCUGUGGGCAUGUUGUUGCAUAUUAGUUGUACAUUAGUUGGUUUUUUAAAUACCGUCCUCUACUUGCAGGCAUCCAACACUCUCCACUGUUGGAGAGAAGCGGAUAUUGGAUUUACAUGGCCUGAUGCACAAUGGCAAUUGCUCUGAUACUGCAAUUCUAAACAACAUAUUUGUAUUCUUUGGUCAAGCCUUGCAAAAUUCAGCUCAUAUAUAAAGACAGUACUGGGCCAGAUAUUGGCAUGCUGCUUCUCUCACACGUUAGAUGUACGCUCUGUUUAUGUAACUGUUGCGCAGAAGCUUUGGGAGGUGGAGAUGUGCAGAUGUGUUCUCCAUGGUGAAGCCAGUAAAUCCAGUUUUGCACAUAAGGAGAUGUCGACAGGGAGGUUUUUUGCUGCCCUGAAAUAUUUUGAUGAAAGAAUGCAAAACUAGCUCUGACAGGCCUCGGUUGUACUUGCAUCAGUCACUCAUUCAAGAGUUACACCUA